UUGGCGGCCAAGUUGACUUCUGCGAACGAGAUAUCUCGAUGCUUAUAUUUUGAAAGUUUUCAGUGCUUGAAAACGUGCCUUUACGUGAAUUGAUCUUUUGUUUGACAUGUUAGUUGGGUAAAUCAUGAGCGCCCCAGCACUUGGACUGAGUAAGAAGCCAAGCUUAACUCAAGAACGAGAGAAACUCGAAAGAGACCAGCAAGAAGCUAUAGGAAAAGCUGUCAACAAUGUUGAAUCGGCAGUCAAAGAGAAACACAUCAGAAGUGCAAUUAUUGGAACAUGGCAUGAGAAAGGAGCCUCUAUUUUUUGGAACUCAUUGGGGCGGAUGCCCCUCCCAUCCCAAGUUAUUAUGUGUUGGAAGGCAAUGCUGCUUAUACACAAAUUAUUAAGAGAAGGACACCCAAAUGCUUUAAAGGAAUCCCUUAAAUACAAGCAGAUGUUGAAGGACAUGAGAGAUUUCUGGAAACAUUCAACAAAGGGUGGAUAUGGCUGGUUAAUUCACAGUUACCUUGCAAUCUUGAUAGCAAAACUGGAGUUCCAUCAGAAGAAUGAAGCUGUUCCUGGUACACUUCGAAAUAGUGAGGGUGGACCACUAGUCUAUGCUGGAACUGAUGUAAAUGCUUAUUUUGAGUUGGCAGUGGAUAUCUUUGAUUACAUGGACACAUUAGUGGAUCUUGAGAAAAAAAUCUUCAGCACUCUUGAUCCAUUCCGUGCUAAUUCUCAACUUCAGGCUGUACAAUGUAGGAUUUGCCCAUUCCCUGUAGUCAUUCAGGAGUGUGGUGGCCUUUAUGACAUUGUGGUGGAUUUAAUGUAUAAACUGCAUGCAAACUUACCAGCAGACACUCUGACAGGCCACAGAGAGAGGUUUUACUCUCACUUUGCUGAAUUGAAGAAAUUCUUUUUUGAUGCUGGUAAUAUGGCUUACGUUAAAGCUCUGGUUCCUAUUCCAAUGUUACCUCAGAAUCCUCCUUCUUUCACAUUAUCUGACCCCAAGCCAACUUUGGCAAGAUCCACAAGUGAGGAAGGGCCUCGACGAAAGUCAACUCCUGCUGAAGAUUUCAAGCGCCAGAGCCUAAUGGAGCCACUUAAUAUACCUGUUACAACUGAACCAUUACUUCAGACAACUCCACAGACUCCAGAGGCUGAUAUUUUAGGAAUUGACUCUUCAAAUGGCCCUGCACCUGACAACAGGGACCUGAUAAUCUAUCAGUUGCGACAAGAGAUUGCACAACUAAAGCUGGCAUUAGAGCGUCAACAGAAAGAUGCAAAAAUGCUUGAAGAUUCUUUACGCUCCCAGAUAGCAAGGCUGAAUGAAGAACUAAAUGAGUACAAGACAAUUGCAGAGAAAGCUUGUGAGGAGAAUGUUUCAUUAAAGAAAGACCUUGAGAGCAAAGAGGAUGACAAGAAAGAUCAGAAAGGUCCAGCAGAAGAGAAAUUUAACAAACUCAAAGGGAUUUACAGUAAACUAAGAGAGGAACACAUCCAGCUCCUGCGAACUAAUGCCGAAGUGAAGCAAAAAUUGAAUGCUUCAGAAAAGGAGAAAGAGGAAUUAAGUCAAGUAAAUGACAGGCUUCAACAGGAAGUAGAUGAUAAGGUACAGUUUUAUCCUUUGAACAAAAGCAGCGAUAAUUGA